AUGAUCCCUUGGGCAUCGAUGUCCGUGGCGGAGGACCGGAUCGCCGAUCAACUUCGGACGCUCUUUGCGCAGCAGGCCGAGACCCAAAAAGAGAUCGCAAGCCUUCGCGCACAGCUUUGCGAGCGUGUGGAGGAGAAGGUCCCUUCUGACCAAUGCUGGGCGACUCUCAAAACUCAGAUGUUUCCGAACCUCUACAAGAAGGAAGCUCCGCAGGAAGCUCCGCAGAAAGCUCAUGAGCCUCUGCCUCCACCAGCAGAGCCAAAGGUUCGGCAAAGGGAGCCAGUCGAACCAAAGAGUCGAGCAGCUUCAGACGGUCGCGCCGAGGACCUCCCGGCGGCGGCGUCUUCGAAGCGGAAGGGCAAGCUCUUGGCUCUGCCAGCUGGGUCCGCGGCAUCCAUGCUUUUGGGCAGAUGGCAUGGCUUGGAUCACAAUGCACGGAAGAAGCAGUGGCACGAAGUCUAUAUCUGCGAAAAGACAGGCCGACUGAGGUGUCUGACCUGGACUGAUGGCGUAGCUCCGAGGAGCGGGCGCACCAGCUCGAUUACCGUCAGAAACAGCGGUGAUGAGGUGUUGUGGGGGAAGGGAGAAAUCAUCCUUGAUGCCCGCGAGAUUCACCAUGGGAAGGCAGUGUGGUCCAAUCCGGAUCCGAAGAAGGAGGAUUGGAUCUGGGCCCCCGGAUGGUAA